AGUGUCGUUUUUGUACUUGAGCAGAACUUCGGCAUAUCUAGCAGUGGUGUGGCGUUGGCUUUUAGCUGAUUCACAACUUUCGGAACUUAAUGGCCACUGAAAAGCUGUAAUACAGGAGGCGGGAGGAUGUCAGUGGAGGUGGACCUGUUGCUGCAGGAGGCCAAAGAAAGCAUUGAGGCGGCCCAAAACUACCGCAGUGAACUCCAGCAGCGCCUCAAUGGGCUCAACCAGGCCCGCAAACAGGUUCGAGGCAGCUCGGGUCAGGCCCGCGAGGCGCUGCGCCGGCACUUCACGGAACUGCAGGCGGCGGCGAGUCGGCUGCUGGCGGAGCGACUGGCCACCCUGCUGGCCGAGGUAGAUACCAUCGAGGCGGACAGCGUCAACCCUCUGGAUGACUGCCAGAGCCUCAUCGAGCACGGGGUGGGCCAGGCUGACGAGCUGCUGAGAGAAGGGGAGGCCGCUCUGCGCUGUGGGCUCGGGGAGAAGGAAGACAAACUGGGCAGCUUCACCAAGAAGGCCAUGCACAUCCAUCUGGACAGCCUCCCGGAAGUCCCAGCGUUGGUGGACGUGCCGUGUGUUUCGGCCCAGCUGGACGACUCCCUCCUGGGGCUGCUGAGGGACCGCGUGUCCCGCCUCGGCUCCGUCUCCUCACACCCCCCCGUCCAGAUAGACGAGCUGCAGGAGAGGCCGGGUAGCGUGCUGGCCCGCUGGUGUAAGGUGGAUGAGGACUUUGCGGCAGCAGAUUAUCGGCUGCAGUACCGGCGCUCCGGCAGCGGGGGGGGUCAGUUCGAGGACGCGUACAUUGGUCGGGAUUGCGAGUUCCUGGUUCUGCACCUCGACCCCCACAUCGACUACCAGUUCAGGGUCUGCGCCCGUGGGGAGGGGCGCACUGAGUGGAGCCCCUGGAGCAUCCCACAGACGGGCUACACCACACUCACACCGCACGAGUGGUGUCCGGGCACCGACGGCUACAUCCUGAGCAGCAGGAGGAACAUCGCCCUGCGCAGCGACUCCUCUCAAGCACGCUGCCCCGUCCUCUACUCCAACGCACCCACCUACUUCUGCGGCCAGACGCUCACCUUCAAGAUAUCUGCAGCAGGUCAGAUGGAUCGGGGGGACAGUUUGGGGGUGUGUGUGGACAGCGGGAAGGGGGCAAAGUCGCUGCAGAGAGACCAGGCCGUCUGCAUCUCCACCAACGGCGCUGUGUUCGUGAACGGUAAAGAGAUGACCAACCAGCUGCCGGCCGUCACCGUGGGCUCCACUCUGACCUUCGACAUGGAGGUAGUCAACCUGUUCCCCGUCAGCAACAACAACCUGAGCGAGGGCGGGAACUUCAAGCUGCGCGUCACCAUCGGCUCUGGGAAUAGGGAGGUGGUGUUCGACUGGCUGGUGGACCAGGCGGUGGACUGCCUCUUCUUCGGCUGCUCCUUCGUGCACUCCGGCUGGAAAGUGCUCGUGUUCUAACUGAUCCUUAGAGACCCACACCAACGUAUUUUCUAUGUUUUUUAUCUUUAGGAGGAGAUAGCAGGUCAUCGGUGUAUGCCACAUAGAAGCGGAGUGCAUCAGGGGAACAAUGGGAUUCAUUUGAGGUGCAGCUCAAGUUUUCUAGUCAUAAGUCUUUAGUAAACAUUGUUUUAGUUGCCUUUUUCAAGUCAAAAGUCCAGUGUGUCCUGGUUUAGAGCAUUAUAAAGGAAGUAUAUGAUGACCAUCACUAUUCUCUAUCAUGUUGCAGCAGUUGGUGUUGAUACCAUUUGCUGCACUGAUUUGGUGCCAUAAUAAACUUUAAACCAUUGAAAAUUCUAAACAAAUCCUUUGGACACAAGCACCUCGAGCAACACGAUAGUAAAACUCGUGCUGUAAUUUCAUAUCAAAAGCUUUUGAAACUUCCUGCAAGAGUUGCAUUUUUCCCAAGCACUUCUGAUCUUCAAGCUGCUCAGAAACCCCCGCCUCGAUACAGGAGAAGCCAUGCGUCCUCUGAACGCCCUCCAUAUUAUGCUUUGGGGGUUUCCCUUUCCUGUAGUGUGUCAUAUAGGUUUCCGUGCAUGUAAAUGGUCUGCAAUGCCCCCCCCCCCCCCCCCCCCACCGAAACGCCUCCAUUGGACUCCUUUGUUUACUCCCUUAACAGUGACGUCACUAUGUACAACCACCUAGACAUCUCUAGGCUGUUGACCAAUAAUAACAGCCAGCCAGCUAACCAAUCAGAGCAGACUGAGCUCUGGUUUCAGACAGAGGUUGAAAAAUAAAGAGCUUUUUGAACAUUAAAGCAUGGAGACAUGUCACAGUAGAGGCAGAAAAUAGAAAUAUGAUCCUGAAAAUAAGCAGAAUAGAGCCCCUUAUAAAAAAAGCUAACUCCCAGAUAGUUUUUUCACAAAUUAAGACAAUAUUUGUAGAUCAUUCGUCACGGUUCCCUCUGUAACCUCGCCAUAUUGUAUUAUUCUCACAUUACCUGAGAUAAGAGGCAUCCAUCAACAGCUCCUAUUUAACCUAUGAACAGGAGUUUUCCUUUUCCCUGUAAUUCGUGUUUACUUGUGUUUAUGUAAACAUAAAGACUUUGCGAGCGUUGCUGCCUCUCCGGGAGGAAAUGUGAUCUGAGACUCUUUGUCAAAGCUCCUCUUCGGGGAGCCAUUCUGGAGAAAAAGAUAUUCGUGUUUUGGUCACACUGCAUGAUCAUGCCUUUACCCGUCUUUGUUUGGGAGCAACAGAAAAGGACACCUUACAUUCUGCUGGACUUUCUGUUUUGUGCCCCUUCACUGUGAAAAUCACCUCGUCUUGUAUUUUUUAUUUGUUUUCAAAAUGUUCUUUGCAAGUUCAAAACGACAGUUCACCACAAAUCCUAAAAAGUAUUGUAUGUCUGUGUUAUUUGGAGUAUUUGCCUUAAUUUCUCAUAAGUUUGUUUAACAUCAAAUAAAACACACAACUCUAAGGAAGCCAGAGAGACACUUAAAGGUCCAAUGUGCAGGAUUAAGAAUCUAUAGAGCUUCUCUUUUAGCUCCAGGCUGUAGAAACAAACUUUUAGCUGUUACUGAGUUAUUUUGCAUUGACAAUCCUUAACAGUAUUUACAAAAGCUGCCGUUGUAGCGUCAGAAUAUGAUUUAACGGUUGAAUAAUCUGUGAGCAAUUGAUGAAUCCUGUCUGACUCUGUGUGACUGUGUGGCCUCUGUUGAUAGGAGAGUAAUCUGAGGUCUGUACCGUGUUGAAUUGAUGAAUCUACAAGUUAGAAAUUGGUUGAAGUCUAAUCAAACUUCUUAAAUGUUUUCUUUUGUCCAUCCUGCAGUAAUAAACCUUCAAAUAUUUAAUAUGAAACAGAGCUUUUCUAACAAUUUUAAUGUCUUAAUUUCAUAACCGUUUUUUAUUCCUGGUAACGGUAGCAUCUGGAACACAACACUUAAGAAAAGUUGUGUAUUCUUCCUUCUGCAAAUUUAAACAAGAAAAAACAUACUAGUGGAUGUUUGUCCUCCACAGCUUUCAUAGAUGUGUAUUUGUUCAGGCUGAUAUUUAAGCUCUUUGUUUUAUCUUUUAUCCUUGGAUGGUACAGAUUUCCUGAAACCAGUGAACAGAAAAUGUAGUUCUGAAGGAGCGUAAACUGAGGACUUUCAUCUACAGUGGAAACAGCGACACCUGCUGUCAACCCUCUGUAUUGCAUUUGUUUCACUGAUGUCAUUUUUUUGUUAAAUAAAAAGGUCAGAUUAUGUAAACCAA